AUGGAUUACGAAGACGACGAGCCACAAGAUUACAAUGACUAUCAAGACCAUUACGACGAAGAGCCCAUCGAGGAGCCCACUUAUGAUGAAAACACAGGCGAGUCUGUUGCUAUUUUGGAUGAUGUGAUGGCAGGCACCACGGCCACUGAAACGACAAACUCUGCAGAGCGUACAGAAAGAAUCACCACACCUUAUUUAACAAAAUACGAAAGAGCCAGAAUUUUGGGAACAAGAGCUUUGCAAAUUAGUUUGAGUGCACCAGUGAUGAUUGAUAUUGAUGGCGAAUCAGAUGCUUUGAAGAUUGCCAACAAAGAGUUACGAGAAAAGAAAAUCCCAUUGAUUGUUCGUCGAUUUAUGCCAGAUGGAACGUACGAGGAUUGGAAAGUUAAGGAUUUGAUUGUUGAUUAG